GAGCUGUGACGGCACAUCUUGCUGGCUCACCCGUUACUUUGCCACGCUUUGCCGCGUGUUAUACACAACUGACGAAGCUAGCUGGUCGCUCACUGGCAAAUCAUGGAAGACUCCCCCAAGCACGGUGGUCGGCCUGAAGGGGCAUCAGGCAUCGACGCUUCUAUGGCAGACUUACACAAUAUCGACGAGUCAGGAAUUCAUGUGCCUCUACGGCAGCCAGCACAGAAUACCGUUGAGAUUGCGGAUGGUCAGGACGGCGGUCUUGUGGUUGACAGUCGCCAGUGGGCGGGUAUCAUACCGGCGUUCACAGACGAGCCUCCUGCCACGCCAAAUGUACUAACCUCUCCCUUCGUCCGCCCUGUCGAGGAGCAUGCACCCCACAUGCAGGCCUUCGCAUUCUUCAGACCCAGCAAGGUCCAGCUCGACAUGCAGGGCACCAGGAGAGGGCCGGCCGUAGCAACUGGUACCGCCACCGCUCGAACGAGGCGUAACAGUGUCUCCCAGAAUCGAUUUACCACGCCGAGUGCCGACCACUCCGUCACUGACGAUACUGACCAAUCUCAGCCGCUCGGAGUACGGAAGGAAACGGAAUUGCUAUCGUCGCAGGCAGUACAGUCAGCGACUGCGCAGCAUCUUGGCUCACUCUUGGUGACGGGCAGGUAUCCCGAGCAGCGACCGCCACAUUGGUCCACCCGCACUGCAAGCGAUCAGCCAAGUGACCCCGCUGAGAUCACGAAGGUCUGCAGAGUCGAUGAUGUCGAGACUUCUCACCCACAAGCGGACAUCAACGGGCUCGACCCGGACAUUAGUGCGGCACCAUGUACUGCGAACUUGGAGGACGAUGCCGCGUUAAGCUCGCGCCACAGCCAGCUCCGUCGGGAAACGGCGGCUGCAGCUAUGCAACGGCAAAUUGUGCACACCCCAGCACCAAGAUCGUCACCACCGCCGCAGGCGUACGCCAGUAGGAUGACGCAGCGCUCCAAAGAAGGAGCCUCGCAAGCGAAUGAAGACUGCCGUGAGAAAGCUGAACCUUUACCGCGGCGUAGCAUGGCUGUGUCACAACCGUCGAAGGGUAUAGUGGAGCCGGAAGACAUCGCAACGGCACCAGCCCACGACGACGAGCUGCAUAGCGACGAGUCCAGCUCUGAGAUCAAUGACUUUCUGAACAUAGUCUCCUAUCAAGUCCACAAAAAGCAGCGAACCGAGCGCUCCCGCUUCGCGGUUGAGCGUCAGGGUCUGCAAGACCAGCUGCGUCAGGUUGUACAAACGAAGCAACUCUUGCUGGAGCAACGUAACAGUCUGCUGCAAGAGCGGAAUGGGCUAACAGCUGCUGUUAGCCAACAGCGGAGCAAGCUAGCGACUUACGAAGCGAAGAUGCAGCGCUUGAAGGUGUUUGUGGACGGUUUAGGCCACGACAUAGACGCGCUUCGCAGGGAAGCGGGCAUCAAUAAGGAGAAGAGUCAGCAGCUCGCAUUAGAAGGCGCUGAGUGCAAAGCCGAACAGGUGGCAUUAGCUGAGCACAUGUUCGCGUGCGCUGAGAAGUCUACUCAGCUUAAGGACGUCGCACUCAAAGCCUGCCAUGCAGCAGAAUCAGAAUUGCAGGGCGCCCGUCUCCGGACCGACUAUCUCGAGAAGCAACUCGAUGAGAAGAGCGGUAUGCUUGUGGAGGAGAGGGACCGUCGUGCGCAGCUCGAGAGACAGAUCAUUGCGACGGCUCGCUCCGAUGAACGUAUCUUGCAGGACACGAAAGGCAGCAAUGAUCAAGUGCUGGACCAGCUUUAUAUCAUUCAUGCGGCACUGGAGCACGAUACGGGCCUGAAUGAUAUUUCCGUGAUGGUAGAGAAAACGUUUGCCGCCAUUCAGGCACUCACCACACAACACAGUGCUAACGCUGACGACAUCGAGUCGGUCAAAGCGCUGGUAACCUCACUGUCCGAAAGUGUUACAAAAAUGUCCGACGCAAGCAGUGUACUUGUCGCAAGCGAAAAAUCUGCGACACACGCUGCUCGCGAUUCGCUCGUGAGCUCAUGCAAAAGCUUGCAAGCUGGUUUAGACAGGCUUGAGCAGCUCAUGCAGCAACAUGCUACCGAGCAGGGCCAACUAUCCCAGCUGCGGGAGCAAUUGGCCGACAGUAGCGCGCGGUGCGGUACUCUGCAAACACAACUCGAAAAAGCACAGAGCUCCUCACGCGCAACCGUUGCCGUAGAAUCUGGUUCACCACCCAAGCAAGGUGAUGAUGCUAGAGAGCUUGUGGGAAAGCUAAGGGCCGGGUUGCAAGGUGCUCAAGCGCAGCUUUGUGACCAGACUAAGGACAUUGGCCAAAUAAAUGCUGUCAAUGCCGAUCUACGUGCAGAGGUAGAGCGACUACAACAGCGUCUUAACCAAGCCCAGAAGGAGAUUACCGACCUUGAUGCGCAGCGAAAAGACAGCGAGAACAAGCGACGGAAGGAGUUCCAGCGAUACGCUGAGGAUCGCAUCACACAGACGAAGGCCACGCUCGAGAACGAUCUCAAACGUCUGACAGCGACGGCGAGUGAAGUGCCGCCACUCCAGAAGCAAGUCGAGAACCUGAGCCAGAAAGCUAGCGAGCUGGCCAUGAGCGAAAAGCUGCUCACGGACCAGAAGCGGGAGUGUCAAAGGCUGCAGAACGAGCUCACGGCAUUGAGUGCUGCGCGGAAGAUGCAGUCUGCUACGCAAGCACAGUCCGAGAAGGUGGCAGCACAACUUGCAGCCGCACAAGCCAAGCAGCGCGAAACGGAUACCGAGAAAAAUGCACUCAUCAAACAGGUUGCGGACCUCGACCAAGCUGUGGCAGUCGCGCGAUCGAGCGAGCAGGCAUUAAAGGCGCAGCUCGACGAGCAUCAACGCAGCACUAGGGAAGCCCUCGCUGAAUUGAGGGCCAAGCUUCAUGAUGCAGAAGCUGCGCACUCGCGCUCCGAAACGGGUGUGGCACAAUUGAAGGACCAAUGUAAGCAAGAGGUCGAGGCAGCAGCAACAAAGGCCGAGAAGCAGACGCUGGCCCUGCAGCAGAGUCUGGAUGAUGCACGACUUGUAUUGAAGAACAAAGAUGCGGAUCAUCAGAGGUUCGAAGCGGACGUCGAGCAGACCUGGCGCGUCGAGCGCGACGAGCAUCAGAAAGCACUGUCUGUGGCUGGGAACGAGCUUGCUCAAGUCGAGACAGAGAAGAACAAGGCUUUGGCGGAGGUGAAAUUUCUACGACAGCAGAUCGAACAAGCUACCAGAACGACAGGUGUGCGUGACGUUCGGUUGUCACUACAACAACUACCGACUGACAAAGUGGUCACGGCUGGGGCUCGUAAUCAUGUCCUUUCAAUUGCCGAGGGCAUCACGCCAAAGGCAAGUCAACAGGAGCAAGAGCCACCGAAGCCUCGUAAGAAGGCAGACCGCACAGCAGACAUGAUUGUUGAUUCUGCUCCGGUGCCUGCUGCAGAGAUUUUGCGUCACGUCUCACAUACGGCACCUCGCGGUGCUGUCGAGAUUCGUGGACCAGUUGUUGAAGAGUCUCAGGAGCCGGAGCAGUCGAAGCUGGGGCAUGACACAGCAGUGCACAGCUUCUCGUCUCGCACAAGCCUGCUAGCCGGCAAGUCUUCUGACAAUGACGAAAUGCUGGACUCUGCUUCGUUCGUGCGGUCGCAGUCGCUUUCGCAAACGACAAAGAACGACAAAGUUCAGCUGCCAUCAUUUGUUGCCUUCAACAACAGCAUGGACUCCUCGCAAAGGCCAGAGUUCCGUGGGACGUCUCCCACCGAUUCAGUGCCGCCAGCGCAUCAGACCGGCGCCAUCCCUGUUACUCUUCAACGCAGCUCACAGAAAGACCGUUGGCAAUCACAGGACUUCACCGUCUUCGAGGAACCGCAGUCUUCGCAAAAAGUGGUUGGAACACAGCAAGCUCGGCAGCUCCUGCGAGGUGAUGUCGACUGGACUCAAGAGGAGACGGAGCGUUAUACGUACCGCAAGUCGUUCCCGCAACCGAAUAGCGCUUCGAAGGUGGUGCACCGCGAGCGCUCCGGUACCCACGACUCCGCUCAGGAAACGUCCAAAGUGCGCGGCGAAGGCAGGGGUUCUGCCGGAAGCCUAACUUCGGAACGUGGGUCCAGCAGCUCGUCAGACUUCAUGGCCACUGUUAGCGGCGCGCGCAAGAUGACCACAUACGACACAACGAGCGCAUCGGCGAAGCGUCGCUCAUCACGGCCGCUUGCCAUGCCCACCGCUGACCCGCGCCUCACGAAGCGCACUGAUUCGGGCUCGCUAAAGCGUGGGUUCGAGAUAGGCAUCCAGCAAGGACAUGGGCAGGAGCGAAAGAAGCGUAAGGCUAUCGAGGCAGGCUCGGUGUCUGGCGAUGCAAGCCGCAAUAUUCUGCGCCCGGAUGUACGCCCAUCAAUGGCCGACCUGAUGCCUGCUUCGACGGCUCGGUCUGGUCCCGCCGCCGCCGCCAGUUCCGGCUCGUCAUCGCGCAUGCGCACCCUUGCCGGCGCAUCUUCUCGCGGUGGCCGAGGCGCUAAAAAGAUGUCGAAAAGUAGACCCCCUUCGCUUGUUCGCCUAGCGCUGGGUAGCUAAUUGUUCGUAGGUGACGAGUUUAGCGCGCGCUUCUCACAAGAGCUUGCGCGCUAAGCAAGAAACCACUCCUCACCGCGGAUGCAUCCACCGGAGAAGGUAGCAAAUCAUGGGUUGGAAGCAGGUCCGCCGUAUGUGAUAAAGAAGCAUGAUAAAGUGACUGCUACUAC